AUGGGCAGUGCGUAUGAGGAUAGGCGCAAAAGCCAAAAUCGAGAGGCUCAAAGACGAUAUAGGCAAAAGAUGCGAAAGAAGAAAAAACACGGCGGCUCCGACGACGACGAUAUACACUGCGGUGCUUUUGGCAUGCAGCUGCUUUCCGGCCCGGAGCGAGGUUCCUUCGAGUCUUCUCAUUGCGAGUAUAGUAGAGCGGACGAGUCCCAGAACUGUGGAGAUGGACUGGGUGUCAAUUACGGAAACUACUCUGGGACGCUGCAGGCGAACUCUCAGGCCAGACAGGCCAGCCUUGGCGUCAACAUGGACUUUGGGGACAUUUCCUGGACUUGCACGCCCGGCGUCUCGACGAGCAGUAAUAUUCCGCCAGUGGAGAUGCCACUGUCGCCUGCCAGUCCAUGUCAAAGCGCCAGUUUGGCAACAGCUCCGUCCUUAGCAGCGAGGAUGGACAUGUCAAGAUCGCGUCCUGGAUCUGGCAAGUCCUCAACGGUGCCGCCGGUGCCCGACAGAACAAAUUCUGCGCAUACCAAAAUUGUUUCCAAAGCCUGCGGAAUGGUGCAGGAGCUCAGAAAACUCUACAGUCUGGGCGUGGAGCUGGAGCUGCUGCAGCAGGAAAGUGGCGUGCCCGCGCAUUUGGACGCGGUGGAAGAGCUGAUUAAUCGUUCAGGUAGAGGUGCACAAGAUAUGCAAGGAACAGCAGAGAGAGGAGAGGGAGGGUGA